AUGAACAUAAUAAUGUCGCUUAAUAUCUUUUUAGUUGGAAAAUCAAAGCCUUAUAUUUAAUAAAUUUACAAUGAUUUAUAGCAGUUAUCUACUAUGCUUUGCAUAUUGGCUUUGAAUUUAUUCUAUAUUUAGCAGAUAUAAUUUUAAUAAACCCAAUAUAUAGUUUUUUAAGCAAUUAUUGCUUCAAUAAUAAUACUAUUAAACUUAUAUCUCUUCUUAUAAUUGAUAUUUGGAAUGGUAGAUGUGUUGAUAAAUGCAAAUAAAAAAGAUAACAAUUUAUUUUAGAAUUUUCUUUUAAAAUUAAAAUAAAAAUAUCCUAGUAUAUUUACUAAUGUUUAAAUAAUUAAUAAAUCAAAAAUAAGAUCCUUGAUUAAACUAAAAUCAGUUUAAAGAAAAUUUAAAAUUCUUCUCAAAUUCUUAAAAAAUUACAAUUUUUACAACGAAGAGUAGUUGUUGGUGUAAUUUAAUCUAGAAAGUUAAUUUAUAAAUAUCCCUUCAGAGAGAAAAGGAAUAGAAAAUUAGAGAAAUUCUAAUUGGAAUUAUUUGACAUCAAACAUAAAAUAAGAAGAGAAGAACAAUAAUUUAAAUUAUUAAAAAUAAGUAAAUAACUAAACUGAAUAAACGAGGAAAACUUACACUAAUCUAUAAUAAUUAACAACUACUAAUUUAGAUUCAACAUCAAUUUAAUAAUAUGCUUAAAAUCAGUAAACUCAAGAAAAUUAAAAUAUACUGUUAGUAGAUUAAGGAAAUGCUUUAGAAAUUGAAAGAAAGUUAGAUAAAAAGAUAUUUUUCUAUUUUUGA